UGCAGCGUGGGGGAGCGGGGAAUGCCUGCCCGAGGACAGCUGCCGUGGGGCUGGCCUCGGCCACUUCACAGGCUGAAGCUGCACCAGGGCGGGUUUGGGUUGGACAUCGGGAGGAAUUACUUCACAGAGAGGGGGAUUAGAUAUUGGAAGGGGCUGCCCAAGGCGGUGGUGGAGUCCCCAUCCCUGGAGUGUUUAAGGAAAGACUGGACGUGGCACUCRGUGCUCUGGGCUGGUGACAAGGUGGGGAUCGGGCUCAGUUUGGACUCGAUGACCUGGAGGUCUUUUCCAACCUCAGGGAUUCUGGGAUUCUUACCCUGGCAAGGGCUGGUUCGYUCCGGGCUCCUGCCGCAGGUGGCAUUUGUGCCUCUGGCGAAAGGAGCUCGUCUGAGUUGGAUGGAGAAGCAGCCUGGUUUGRGCAUUGCCAUGGGUGACGACUGCUUUCCUGUGCUUCCCUAGUGCUGAAGCCACCAGGAUUCAAUGAUGGAGGCUUUGCUGGAAGGAAUGCAAAGAAAUGGUCAGGGGAGUGGUGGGUUCCUGACCUCCUGUGAGGCUGAGCUGCAAGAGCUGAUGAAGCAGAUUGACAUCAUGGUGGCUCACAAGAAAUCCGAAUGGGAAGGGCAGACACAGGCUUUGGAAGCUUGUCUGAGUGCUCGGGAGCAGGAACUUUCCUCUGCCAAGGCAGCUCUGCAGGAAAAACAAAAGGAGGUUGGCGUGUUGCGUCGCCAGGUCGAAGAUGUAGAAAAAUCCAAGCAGGAGAUGGUUAGAGAGUAUGAGCAACAGCUGAAGAAAUUCCAGGAGGAGUUGUCCCGGCUGAGGAGGAGCUAUGAGAAGCUGCAGAAGAAAAAAACAAGAAGCAGAGUAGAAGCURGCAAGGGACAAGAGGAGGACAAGUUUGAAUUGAGCCGAUUGACCAGGAAGCUGGAGGAGUUCCGGCAGAAAUCACUUGACUGGGAGAAGCAGCGCCUGCGCUACCAGCAGCAGGUGGCAUCACUGGAGGCGCAGCGCAAGGCUCUGGCAGAGCACUCUGAGCUCGUGCAGACCCAGCUGGCCAAUCGGAAGCAGAUCCUGGACUCGGUGGAGCUGGCGAGCCGCUCAGAAAUCCAGCACUUAACCAGCCGGCUGGAGAGGGCCAAUGACACCAUCUGUGCCAACGAGCUGGAGGUGGAGAGGCUCAGCAUGAGGGUGGAUGACCUCAGUGAGGACAAUCGGAUGAUUCUGGAGGAUCAACAGAGAGUUCAGGAAGAGUUAAGGCAUUCUAAGAAAAUGUUAGAGGUGCUGCAGGAUGAGAAGAUGGAACUGAGAGCCACCUUGCAGUCUCAAGAAGAUUUUAUUGGCAGCACCAAGCUGCACCAGGAACAGUUACAGAAAGAGCUGGCCAGGAUGACUGAAACUCUUCGCACAAAAGAAUUCCUCAUCAGGGCCUUGGAGGAGCGCUUGCAGGGGAAAGUGUUGUCCUCUCCGGGGCUGGAGAUGGAGCAGGUGCUGCUGCAGCUGGAUAUUGCCCAGAAGAAGGAGCAGCACUUGCAGUCAGAGGUGACUCGUCUCGAGAACAGCCUGGUGUCUUCAAAUGCCAGGUGUGUGCAGCUGAGUGAGGAGCUGGGUGAGAAUAUCAAAGAGCUGCAGUCCCUGGAAGAAGACCAGACUGAGUCAAGGGCAGAGAUUAAAAAGCUGAAAGAGCAGCUCUCCCAGGCUGAACAAAUGCACAGCAGCGAGCUAGAAGGGAUGAAAAGGGAGAUCUCCAGGCUGACCCAGGAGCUGCAGCAGCGGGACAUCAUCAUCGCAUCGGCGAGCGGCUCUACCUCGGACCUGGAGCAGCAGCUCAGGGCAGAGAUUGAAAGAGCAGAGAGGAAAGCAGUGGAGCACAGGGUAAUUCUGGUCCAGCUGGAAACCUUGAGGCUGGAAAACCGUCAUCUCUCAGAGAUUCUGGAGAAAACAGAGUGYGGUAAGCUGAAGGGGGAUGAUGGCACCCUGAGAGCCCUCAGGAAGGACUAUGCUACCGAGCUCCAGAAAUUGGUGUCUGAGAACCAGCAGUUSCGGAAGGAACUUGCAGAGACCAGGGCGAAACUGAGGGCCACUGCAGAGCUGUGCCUGGCUGAACCUGAGGGCAGUGCUCAGCAGGGGCAAGGCACAGAGCCCACGGAUGCACAGCACAGGACAGCUCAGGAAAUGCAGGACGAGCAGGGUGAAUGCACAGAGAGGACACAUCUCCAGCCUGACAGGACUGCUCAGCAUCUUCACAGGGAGCCCCAGAGGGGUGGGGCUGUGGAAACAGGACCUGUGAGCCCUGAGAUGGGUGAGCCACCCUCCCACAGCAGCAGUGAGACCUGCAAGGAGUCAUGUGCCUGGUCGGGAGCAGAGUCUGUGCUCCACGUGGUGGAUGAAUACAAAGAUUUUGCAGAUGAAGCAUCCAAACAGCCUGCCUCAAAUCAUCACAGAGAGUCUGGGUCUCUGUGCCCCUUGCCUACAGCUUCUGUUGGAUCCAUAGCUGCACGAUACCUGGAAGAUGAAGAAGUGCGAUCCCAGCACAUCCUGGAGUGCCUGAAUGCUCACAUUGAGGAACURAAAAAAGAGAGUGCAAAGAUAGUGAGACGGUUUGAACACCAGGAAUAAUGUUUUUUGUGGAAUUGGAAUACUGGCUUCCUUGUGUGGCUCCAGACCGUGGCUGGGGAGGUGCCUACRCCCACUUGGCAUUGGAGCUUGAGUGAGAGGCCGUGUGUCCCACUUGGAGCCUGAAUCAGCAGGAUGGGAGUUGARGAAGAGGAACUCCUCUUUAUGUGCUUGCUCUGAUGAAGGGUGUUACACCACAAACAUUUUAGGCAGCUUGCUGUAGGUCAGAGACCUGCAUCACAGCUAUGUGCUCACUCACAAAGAUGAUGGUGUUUUGUAAAAGCAAACCAUUUGCAAAUUUUUAUGUAAAGUAUUUGAAGUAUAUUUUAUACGUGUAAAAGUGCUGAAAUAAAUCAGAAUGGCAAACACCUCUUUUCUUCUUU